AUGUCUGUCAAAUCCGAGGGAGUUAUCUAUCAGGUGUUUGGUCCCGUUGUGGACGUCAUCUUUGAGAAAUCUUCACAGCCGAUGGUCAACGAAAGGCUAAAUGUGAUGGAUGAAGGAAACAAGAUACUGGUUGCACUUGAGGUUUCUCAAUUGAUUGGAGAUGGUGUUGCCAGAUGUAUUUCGGUUGGAGACACCGUAGGAUUGAGUAGGGGUCUAAAGGUUAGCAGAACAUUCGACAGCAUUACUGUUCCGGUAGGAAGGAGUGUUUUGGGCAGAAUGUUUAACGUGCUUGGUGAGCCCAUAGAUGGAGAGCAUUUUGAUACAAACGCUCCAAAAAGAUCCAUUCACGCUCUUCCUCCUAAGCUGAAGGAUCAGUCCACAGAGACCAAAAUUAUGGAAACCGGCAUAAAGGUUAUUGAUCUUCUGUGUCCAUAUGCUAAGGGAAGUAAGAUUGGGUUGUUUGGUGGUGCCGGCGUGGGAAAAACAGUUGUCGUUACAGAGUUGAUACAUAACUGUGCCAUGGGUUAUGGUGGAAUGUCCAUCUUUGUGGGUGUUGGUGAACGUAGUAGGGAGGGUAACGAUCUGUACUUUGAAAUGAAAGAAUCUGGGGUCUUGAAAAACACCGUUCUUUUGUUUGGGCAGAUGAAUGAGACUCCCGGAGCAAGAAUGAGAGUUGCUCUGUCCGGAUUGGCUAUGGCUGAAUAUUUCAGGGAUGAAGAGGGAACAGACGUUCUUCUCUUCAUCGACAACAUUUUCCGUUUUUCGCAGGCAGGUUCUGAGGUUUCGUCUCUUUUGGGAAGAACUCCUUCUUCGGUCGGAUAUCAGCCAACUCUAGCCUAUGAAAUGGGACGUUUACAGGAGAGAAUUACCUCCACUAAUAGGGGGUCUAUUACUUCAAUUCAAGCGGUUUAUGUUCCGGCCGAUGACAUCACCGAUCCCGCCCCUGCUACUGUUUUUGCCCACUUGGAUGCUAAGGUUGUUUUGGACAGGAAGAUUGCUUCUUUGGGAAUAUAUCCGGCCGUUUCUCCUCUUCAGAGUUCUUCUAACUGGUUAUCUCCGGAGUUGGUGGGAGCUGAACACUAUGCGGUGGCCAAUAAGGUUGUGGAAAUGUUACAGAAGUGUGAGGAGCUUCAGGACAUUAUUGCCAUCAUGGGUAUUAAUGAGCUUUCAGUGGAGGAUAGAUUGACCGUAUAUAGGGCUAGAAAGAUAAGGAACUUUUUCUCUCAGCCUUUCUUUGUGGCUGAGAAGUUCACCAACAUGCCUGGGAGA